GUGAUAGUCAGUUUUACAGUGUUCAAGUUGCAGAUUCAACGUUCACCGUACUAAAACGUUACCAGCAAUUGAAGCCCAUAGGAUCAGGGGCACAGGGCAUUGUUUGGAGCCAUCAAUGCAGUGCCUUGCCAUUAACUGGCAGGAUGAGGCAAAUCAGUGUCAUUGUCACUCCAUGGAUUAACCAGAAAGGGAUGCUGUGUGAGGGGUUGGGCUGGCCGGCUCUUCCUUGGUGUGUCACCUCAGCUAUGUGUCCAGCCUCCACUGGCCCAGGACGUGAGAGUCGUUAGUCUGAUCCUGAACCUUAGUCUCUUGUAUGGCACCACACCUCUGGGCCAGCUAAAGUGCUGCGUUUGAUACAGUCCUUGGAAUAAAUGUUGCUGUAAAGAAGCUGAGUCGCCCUUUUCAGAAUCAAACCCACGCAAAAAGAGCUUACAGAGAGCUUGUUCUUUUAAAAUGUGUCAAUCACAAAAAUAUAAUUAGUUUAUUAAAUGUAUUUACACCACAGAAGUCACUAGAAGAAUUUCAAGAUGUAUAUUUGGUUAUGGAGCUGAUGGAUGCAAAUUUGUGCCAGGUUAUUCAUAUGGAAUUGGAUCAUGAAAGAAUGUCUUAUCUUCUUUACCAAAUGCUAUGUGGUAUCAAACAUCUCCACUCAGCUGGUAUCAUCCACAGAGAUCUGAAACCCAGCAACAUAGUAGUAAAAUCGGAUUGUACGCUCAAAAUUCUUGAUUUUGGACUGGCAAGAACAGCAUGUACUAACUUUAUGAUGACUCCAUACGUAGUAACGCGGUAUUACAGAGCACCAGAGGUUAUCCUUGGAAUGGGAUAUAAAGAGAAUGUUGAUAUCUGGUCAGUUGGGUGCAUCAUGGGAGAAUUGGUGAAAGGUUGUGUGAUAUUCCAAGGCACUGAUCAUAUUGAUCAAUGGAAUAAAGUUAUUGAACAAUUAGGAACACCAUCAGCAGACUUCAUGAAGAAACUACAGCCUACAGUGAGGAAUUAUGUAGAAAACAGGCCAAAAUAUCCCGGUAUUAAAUUUGAAGAGCUCUUCCCAGACUGGAUAUUUCCAUCAGAAUCUGAUCGUGACAAGUUAAAAACCAGUCAAGCUAGAGAUUUAUUAUCAAAAAUGCUUGUAGUAGAUCCAGACAAGAGAAUUUCUGUAGAUGAAGCCUUACGUCAUCCUUAUAUUACUGUCUGGUAUGAUCCAGCUGAAGCAGAAGCUCCUCCACCUCAGAUCUAUGAUGCACAAUUGGAAGAAAGAGAACAUGCAAUUGAAGAAUGGAAAGAAUUAAUAUACAAAGAAGUAAUGGAUUGGGAAGAAAGGAGCAAGAAUGGUGUGGUAAAAGAUCAGCCCUCAGAUGCAGCAGUGAAUAGCAACACCAGUCCUUCCCAGUCAUCAUCUAUCAAUGACAUUUCAUCCAUGUCAACAGAGCAAACAUUGGCCUCAGAUACAGACAGCAGCCUCGAUGCCUUGACAGGACCCCUUGAAGGAUGUCGAUGAUCAGCCAGGAUUGCAGACUUGACUUUGGAAAAGAGCUCUUGCUUCCAUUGGGCCUGAAUUGCUUGUAAGUUAAUGGAACCAAGUAGAAAAACUCCAUGUUCUGCAUGUUCUGCUAAAGUAAUGCCUGUUUUUUUUACUCAGUUGUUAUGAAAUUGCCUGCUUAAUGUUGUAGAAUGAAAGCAAAUCAAUGUCUAAAGAAAAAAAAAAUUUCGACACUGUUAUAGGCUUUUCUUUGUUUCAGCCUAUUUCAGGUGAGCAGUUAUAGUAGACUUUUAGCCAAUAACUCCUCUUAAGUGGGUUCAUGAAUCUUCAGUCCCAACUGGCAGGCUUCUGUGACACAAUGGUUGUUUACAUUUUAGUACAGUAUUGCUCAUUAGUAGGUUUUUUGAAUGUAUAGUCUCUAUGAAGUUUGUUUUAACGUGUGACUGUGGCAGUUUGCUUUAUUUAACGACUGGAGUGUUGUACGUAAAUGUGAACUCACAUAUUAAACGCUCUCAGUACUAUGUUUAAAGGGCAGUUAUUCUUCCACAUAGCACUUUUUUUUAUUGAGCCCUUUCUAUCUUCACUUUCCAACAAUUCUAUCUUGUAGAAGAGAUAAACAUGAAGUUUCAAGAAUAGAGCCGUUACUUCGUAUUUCACCUAUGAGUAUGUGUCUCUAAUUUUUCAGUUUUUUUAAAUGUGGAUGGAAAAUACAGUGGCCUAAUUAAAUCUUAAGGAAGGAUGAGUGACUUAUCUGUGAAGCAGUGCCUGUUUAGAAGAGGAGAGAGAGUGCUAAAAUGUUCUGUAUUUUCUAGCUUGUGAUACUGGUCCUUUAACAAAAACAAACAGAAAAGGAAAUUGUGUGUGAUGCUCUUCAUUCACUGUAAACUCUGAUAAAAGGACAGAUAAAUUGGGGAGAGUUGCAGAAAUGUUUUCCAUUUUUUAAUGGGUCCAUUCUAUCUAGCAAGUAAUUAAAUAAAAAUACAUUAGGUUUGAGUCACUUGUAAAUUAAGUAUUUAGUCAACAGAGCUUAGCUCUAUUCCUGCCUUAGGAAAACCUCUCUACUUGUGCUGGGGGAGGAAAACCUAUUUAAUACAUAUUUUCUAAAUACAGUGUCAGAAAAGAGGAGGAGAUUAUUUGCUGUUUCAAUACAGGCUUAUCAAUACAGUUUUCAGAAUCAGAUAAUACAAACAUUGCCUGUUACAUUGCACAAAAUGUUGAAUUAGAAAAUGCCUUUUCAGUAGAGUAGGGCUUAAGUUGCUUUAUACUACACACUUGUGAAUUUGUGCACGUUCACUUUGGAGUGCACAGGUGUGAAAUUUUGCUAAAGGAUCUUGUGUGUGCAUGCGUGUGAGAUUAAACUGUAUAACUAUAAGAGUAACAGAGAUGUACAAGAUGAGGUGAAACACCACUUUCUUAAAGGCACUAUAUUUAGCUGUUGAUGCAGAUACUCUUGACUUGAAUAUAUAAAUAGAACUUAUAAAAUAUACUGGCCCAGCCAGCCAAUGCAUUACUGACAUAUUUCUCUUGUAAAAGACAAUUGUUUAUUGUUUCUGACCUUACGAUUUGAAAAGCAGCAAUUUCUCUUUAUGCAAACAUUGAUUUUAUAUUAAAAUUGUACCCCUUUUUAAUUGCUUAAUUUGUUGUAGCAAAAACACUAGAGUUGUACUGUCCCAGAAGGUUUAAAAAAAAUUAACAAAGUACUUAACAUAAUGUUAACUUCAGAAUUGUCAUCUGGAACCUUGGCUUUUUAAAAUUCUGUUCAACUAAAUUGCAGGGUAUUGGGGCUUGGUUUUUUUCUUGUCAUUUGGUUUUAAACCUAUGGAUACCUUAGUUUAUCUUUGGAUACUGACAGUGUAUGUGAAAUACUUUUAGUGCAUUUUUGUCACUGGAAAAAACAUUUAAAAAUACCUAUUUACUGUGUAGCAGAACAGUACAGGUUGCUGUUCUUUUGCAUUUUAUUAAUCCUUGUUAUUUGUGUAAGUUAAAAUUACUAAAGACCUAAUCAAAAUGAACAUUAGUGAUUCACUAUGGAAUCUACUGGAUUUCAUUUUUCAACAUUUUUGUCUUAUUCAACUGGAGUUGCACUGUGCUAUUUUCAUUUUAACAGAUAGUGCUUUAGAAGACUUAACGCAACAAAGAUUUUAUUUUUUUUUAAUGUGUUUGGGAUAUUCACAGCUGAAUUUUUCCUAUUGGACUUGAGCUGCUCAGAACACCGGGGGGGUUGGACCAGAUGACCUCCAGGUCUCUUCCAACCUAAAUUAUUCUAUGAUUCAAAUUUGUCUUUUAAUGUCUCUUAGCACAACUGCCCUAUCUCCAUGAUUUGAACUGAUAUCUGACCUUCUCCUAGUAUAUACUGUUAGCUUGAAUAUGUACUCUUAGAACAAAAAAACCCUGAAACUAACUCAGUUUGUUGUAGGAAAAGUUCUCUCAUACCUUAUUUUUUUAAUGUCUUCUUGUUACGACAUACAUUGAAGCUUCAAAAUUUUACAGAAAUGUUGCUGCCUUCGGAGCAUGCAUGAAAUGUCUGUGAAUAUUGUGGAUUUUGAUUCCAGUACAAUUCAAAACCAAAUUGCUAAUAACCUGAAUGAUCUCAAGAAGACACAUAUGCAGCUUAUAUUCAGAAAAAUGCAUGCUGAAUAGACGCAUGCUAAAGUUCCCAUGCUAUUUCAGUGUGCGCAUAUAGACUAUAAACGUGCUGCAUGCAGAUUAUAUACAUAUAGUUAUAUUCCUGACUGAUGAUUAAGUUCAGUGCCACAUUUGUGAAAUGGUUGUCAAUGCUGUGAGAACCUCAUCACUGACGGAAAACAAAAUGCACAUGUAACUUGACAGGGGUUUAAAAGUUGAGUGUGCAAUAUAAUCACUUUUGUUCCUAAUACUAAAAUCAUGUAUGUAAAGUGAUGCAGUUGACCAUUUUUUUUGCACUUUGGCAUUUAUAAAUAUUUAUAUGUAUUUAAAGAUUAAGUGGGGUUGUGUAUACAUAUAUAUAUUAAGAAACCUGCUCAGUUUUGUAAACGUGAAUGUUACUUUUCUUUGAGAGACUUUGUAUAGUGUUAACACUACUGCAGUAUACAUAAACAAUUUAUGAAAUAUGACUAAAAAUAAGUGGUGGUCAACAUAGAUACAAUCUGUAAUCUUAACUGCUCACCUGAAAAAAAGAGGGAUCUAUGGCUAUCAGUCAGAUUAUUUACCAGAAACAUUAUGUUAAAUAUAUGAACACUGAGUAGCUGAAUGGCAUUGCAGAAAUGGAGUAUGUUUUAAACAGUUCAUUUCAUCUGCGCUCAUAUCAUUUUUCCUCAAAAAAACCCCAAAACCAAACAACAAACGACUUAGAGAAGCUUGGCCUUUGGAAAUCUGGAUAAGCAAGCCUGUAAGUGCGCUUUGAGGAAAUAUUGUGAUAUGACAAGUCUAGGUUUUUUAUUGAAAAAGAUGAGAAAUGAAUGUCAAAAUUAAGGCUUUGUCUGCAUGGAUCAUACAAAAUAAACUAGUCUAAUGACUGGAAACUAGUGUUUGCAAACAGCCUUUGAAGCUUUGUAACGUUUCCAGUAAGGGUGUACGUUUUUUUGUCAAAAUAAUGAAAAUUAAACUCGACCUUAACUAGAAAUUAACUAGUUGGUUGGGAAGUUUCAAAAACUGUUAGGAACCAGAGGGCUCUUGAGGUUUUCUGUGUCUUUUUUAAGUCCGAACAGAGCAUAUGUGUUUGUUCAAAGUUAAUUAAAAAAAAAAAAAGUGAUUCCAUAUGUUUAAUUUUUCUUUCCUAAAGGAAGGAAAUCAGUUUCCUUUUUAGAUCUGAUUGUAUUUGGCUUAAAAUUGUAAUUUUAUGAAUGAAGUAGAAUUUAGACAUUCAAAAUACAGCAGACAUCUCGAGUCUCCAAGAACUGAGUGGAUGACCCUUCUUUUGGCAGAAAUGCAGUCCUGUAGUUUGGUGUGUGCUGGAAAUUCAGAUGUUAAAGUGCAGACAAAUCUUUACUGACCGUAAUGCCAUUUUGGAGUACGGGUUCAGUCUUGCAGCAAUACAGUUUGUGUGGAGUGUUUCAUUUGAAUUGUGACCCUUGAAGUGGAAGUACUUUAAGCGCGGUGGGGGGUAAAUGCUGAACAGCCUUUGUCUGUAUAUUCUAUAUGUCAUAUGGAUUCUAUCAGGGCUUGAUGCUAAACUUAGUGAUACCAUAUAUUGGGAACCAAAAUUCUUUCCUGGGAUGUGUAUUGUGUAAUUCCUGCUCAAAACUGGUUUUGAUCCAGGAACACCUGCACCCAGAUGCAGAAUUCGAACUUGAGUUCCUACAGAUGAAUCUAGUAUCUUCUUUGCUUUUCCAGAGUGUCUUUGAUUAUUUUUUUUAACAUGUUGAAAUAUGACAGAGAAAAUGUAUUCUGGCUCAUUAUUUUACAUAUAUAUGUUUUAGAUCAUCUAUUACAUGAGUGAUAGUGAUGUUCUAAAAGCUUAUUACACAGCUUAUCAAAUCAGUUUUAUUUUUUGCCUGCUCUGCAUGCUAAAAAUGUCUGGAGCUAAACUAAUGUUUUAGGUGAACCAUCUUUUCUCAUAUUAGUGUUGGAGGAAAGUGGAGAGAUAACCAUCAUUUCUGUUUGUGUUCUAUAAAAUGACUAUUUUUGUAGCUAAAAUUUUAGUUGUUGGAUUUCAAUCCCACAGUGUUGCUUUGUGGAUAUAAAUUUACCUGGGUCCGCUAUUUCAAACAGUAUGUAUAACAAGUCCAGUAUAAAAUUAAACUAAUAAAAUGCACUCUUCUGCAAUUUGUUAUUGAAAACAUGGCAAAUUAUUUUGGUCCAAGAAUUCAAAACAAAAUAGAGAAAAUACAUUUAACUAUUUAAGUUUUUAUUCCUUGAUGCUGCUGCUUAUUUUUUAAAAAGGUGCUUGCAGUUUUGCACAGAAGAAAUCAACUUUAUUAAUUGCUGGGUUUGAAGCACUUUAGGAUUCUUCUAAAUACUACCGGUAGAUGGUGUAAAAAAGAAUGACAUAAAAAAAUGUUUAAUGUGUUUAAAUUUUGGUUGCAAUCUUUGCUAUUCUGAUAGAUUUGAUCAGCAUGUUCCUUUAAAUAUAAACCUGUUUUCAGAGAUUUUUAAAUUAGAAACGUUUUUAUGGGCUGAAAUUUAACACAUAGUAAGAGAUCAUUUGAGAACCAUCUUGUACUCAAAUGCCUGUAGGCUGACUUGGAUAGCGAUGUGACUACCUAGCCAUCUAUUAUAUAAACAUAACAACAAAGAUACAACCAUGUUUGUUCCUAUAGCAAGAUCAGCUAGCUAUGAGCACUACCAUCCUUUUUCUUAAACAAAAAACCUUUUUAUUAACUUUUGGCUACGUGUCAUAAGGUAGUUGUGUAUGUUAUGGUAAGGCCAGAACAUCUGCUUAUUGGGACUCCGCUGCAGUAGAUGCUCUAUGAAUACCCCAGGAAGACACUGUCCCUGCUCUAAAAUACCAGUCCGAAACCCUGAGACUUCCUACGUGUAUUUAACCAAAUACACGUGUGUGUUUCCCAGGCUGGGUCUGUAGUUCAGCGCUCCCUAGUUUCUUAGGAUAACAAAUGCAGAGGAGAGAGGAAUUGGGCAAGAAUGACAUUUUAUGUUCACUACCUGAAACAGUAGUCAUAUUUGUUACUGAUAACAAAGGUAAUUUAAUACCCGUGAGCGUAUGCUAUUGUAUUGUCUUCUAAUGGGGGGAAAACUUUUUUGAAAAACCAAGUGUGUCACUAGCUUUUCUAUGAAUUCAGAUGCUUAAAUUGGUGCUAAUUUUUUAAAAGAAAAUGUAACAGAUGGUUAGCAGUGUAUUUGUCUGUUUUUGAUACCUAUAUUUUCUUAAAUGGUGGCAAGCCAAACUUUAUAAUGUGCAUUUUCAGCUUCAUCAGAUUCCCAGAUUUUCCUAAAGUAAAAUGUUUGAACAUCAAUGGUAGUUACGGCUUCUUUGGAGCUAUUACUUUACGGUGUUUUAUACACUAAUUAAUAAAAUGAACACAAUUAGAAAAGAUAGCAAUAUAUUACUAUCCCUUUCUUUAAAUUACAUGACAUGUUGGGUUCCCCAGGUGGUUUUAGCAGUUUAGUGUAACCAAGAUAGCUAAUUAAGAGCAAAUCAGAUACCUGUGUGCAGUUAACUCAGUACAGUGAAGCCUUACCUGGUUGUUAAGAUAAUUUAUAAAGAUUAUACAAAUCUUCAUCUAUUUUAAAGAGGGAAUAACAAAUAGAAAUAAUUAACUGUUUUCAUACAAAUUCAAAUGUUAAUGCCAGAGAAUAUAUUCUAUAGUGUACUCCAGAACACAUGCUAUUAAAGAGUAUAAUAGGCUCCUUGAGUGAUUUGUUAUGAAAUCCAGUUUUAUCUAAUGACUCAAAAGAAACCUCCUCCAAAAAAUUAGUUCUUUGAGAAUUUCUUUUGAAAUGCCUUCAAGUUCUAACUCUCUUCAGAAUGCUUUGUGUGGCUUGUUUUGGCCCUCUUUCCCACCUUCUGUUUACCAAAUGUCACAAAAAGUAGCAUCAAGCCCUAUCACUUGUUAGUGUUCUGAUUUUAUGGCCUUAAUAUUCGUUUCAGUAUGGUAUAUAAUUUCAGAAGAAAGAUGUGCUUUGAAGUCUAAUUAUACAGAUACAUGUGGCCUCUUUUGCCUAUGAAAUUAGGCUUUGAUUGUCAUAUCUCAUUCUUGAUGCUUGUGCAAUAGGAACAUGUUCCUUUCGAUGCAGUGGCUAUUUUGUCUGAUGCUGGACUUUGUUUUCAGGAUGAAUAGAAAGUUGAUUUUUUUAUGGACAGCAGUCAUGCUUCCUUGUUUUUUGGAUUGAUUUUCUUUAAGGACACUAGAAUUUCAUAAAGAAAACUGUCAAUAACUAGUUCUGAACUGCUAGUUAAAGCCUCGUUCUGAAGCUUUUUGGGUUUUUUUCUCCAAAAACUUUAUCAUAAAACAGUACUAAAGCCACUGUAAAAUUACAAAUAAAUAUGUAUACUUAAAA